UGGCUAGGCUCGGCAAUAAACCUAUAGCACGAAAGGAGCCUAAAGUCCAAUCCGUGAUAGGAUAGGAAAAAGUCCUGAAAAUCCUAUUAUAUAUCUUCGUAGGUGAAACUGAAUUUCCUCGUAUGACCCAGAUCGGCCGGGUGCUUGUCCAAAUUCGUUGCUCAGACAGAGAAUCCUCCCAAACUCAUAAGAAUGAGUGGUAGAGUUGGAUACGAAUACUCUCACCACUUCUCGUUGGUGGACAAGAGCGAGAUAACAUCCAUGUACAAGUCGGAACUUCUUCCAGACUCCAAAUCGUUUAUCUUCGAAUUCAGAACCACCUUCAUACUAAGGGCGAAAACCAGGCAUGGCAUGUCCGACUCUAUAAUCGGUUCAGAAAAAUUCGACUCGCGCGUCGGCAAAUUGGCCGAUUUGCCCCAACACACGUCCCUCAACCCGAUUCCUAUUGCUGUGGACCUCAAAGUUUACACGGUUAAGAAAAAGGGAGAAAAGCUCGACGAGUGCUUGGAGAGGGCAAUCACGUCAGAAAAAAUGAUCCCAUUGUACGUGUGGCCCUUUCACACGUGUGUUGAAGAGGUAAAGCCGAUGACUGCCUUGCUCCUUGUGUUCUUGAGCAACUUGAAGAGGGUUCGGGUGGAGAAUGAGGAUCAGGGGUCGAGUCUCAUGGAGAAGUGUGGUGUGUGUUCCAAGGGGGCUAAGGUUGGGGAUCAGGUCUCCAUGCUCGUCUGCAAGCAUGUUUUUCACUCGCGAUGCGCAGUUUUGUGGUUGGAGGAUUGCCGGUUUUGCCCGUGUUGCGAUUAUCCGGCGUACGCGUGGUAUGUCGAUCAGGGUCCGCCGUUCUACCGACACAAA